GGCGGUAGCGAAACUCCCGUGUCGCGAUGGAUGUUUCUUCAUGUCGCUUAGUGUUGUUUUCUUGUUGUCUUUUUUUGUGCGACCCUUCAGGAAAAACAGCGUCUGGCUCCGCCCCCGAAAAACGAUGCGGCAGGUCUAAGCUCUACCACGACAAAGCAUGGGCUCUUGAUUGGGUGGGUGGCCUUCAUAUGCCGGAUUGCGGAGCCGUUGUCUUUUUGAGCGAUGACAAUGGCCUGAGUUGGUACUGCUGCGGAGGGGUGGAGAAAUCGGAAGCGGGGAGGUUUACCUACGACGGCAGGAAGUUCAGGACCUACUUCCUUACGUCUGUCUAUGACAGAGAGGGGAUAAACUGGGUCAAGGAAGACAAGAAGGUGUCUCUUGACCAUCGGCUCUUCCAAGGAUACGGGGUCAAGGCUUUGUUGAUGAAAGCGUUUGACGUGCGCGAAAACGGAACGGAGUUCCAAAUGCUGGAUCCGGAAAAGUUUCUUUUCAAAACCAAUGGCUACCGCGUGACUGGUUCUUUGCCUGUCCUCGACAGCGCUUUCAUGCUCAGCAGACCUUCGGUCCAAUUCAACAGCCCGACGGACCAACUCGCAGCAUUCGUUAUGCGAUACAGGGAAGAGUUCGCGAGGCUGCCUGCUGCCCAGCAAGUUGACCGUGUUUUCGUGCCGAUUGACGCCCCGUCUUCGUCGGCUGCGGGGCCCAAACAGGGCCAGGAUCAGCCGGCCAAAGCGGGUGGAAAGAGGACACAAUUGGCGACUGCCCCGUCUUCGUCGGCUGCGGUUGUACAGGCUCUGCCCGCUCCGGUUCUGCCCUCGGAUCAGAAAGGUCGCGUGGCGGCCGAGCAGUCUAGCGAGGCCACAGACUACGACGACGGAGCUGUGCGCUAUCGGGCUGGUCCCGGCAUCAUUCCCGGGGAGGUGCGGGGUGCCUUCGAUGACGACGAAUGCGAGGGCCAAGAUGGGGAGGGCGGUGGUUGGCGUGGGGAGGGCGGUGGUGAGGAGGGGGAGGGCGGUGGUGAGGAGGGGGAGGGCGGUGUUGAGGGGAAUGACGGUAACGAAGGAGAUGCUGAAGGUGAGGAUGAUGGCAUGGACGAGGAGAGAGACGAUGUUGGUGAGGAAGUCCAAGAUAAUCGCUCCUCCCAAUUUCACCGUCGCCACCAGAAUGAAUCGCAGGGGCGCCGUGAGGACGACGCCUGCCACGUCGGUGACGCUAUCGAUGCUAGUGGCCAGCCUGCAUCCUCCCGCGGAAUGUCGCAGUCCUAUGACCAGACGAAGGAUGGGGGAGACGAACCUGGCUCACGGGAAAAUCGAAAGAGGGGAGAGACAUCGACCUCUCCUGCGAGUCGAACAAAACAGGCGAGGGCCGACGCCGUCAAUGAAGCUCGUGGAGCGUUGACAGCAUCACAGGAAGCGCGGGCUCCUCGGAAAACUGGUGGGGGGGACCGAAGUGGCAACCGUGGGGGCGGUCGCGCAGGCGGUAGGAAAGGCUCGCAGAGGUCCAGGGCACCUGAGUUGCGGGACUCAGGGGAUGAGGGCGAGGGGGUGGGCCCUCGCAUGCCCGAGGACAUUGAAGAGCUGGUUCAGCACGCCGCGCUCGUGGACACGACACGAUGUUUCUUCCUCGAAUACGACGAACAGGGCUUCGCUAGGCAAGACGUCCAAGUUGUUAACGUCGACGUUAAUAGGAUCAAACCCAUUCCCCGUAGGAAGAUCCUAUUUAACCACUGUUCGUUGUCUGUGAACAUUGUGAGAGGCAUCGAGAGUGUCAUAGAAAGCUCCAUCAGUGCUGACCCGCGGGUGUGGGAUAGACCUGAGCUCGUUCUUGCGCCGGUUGACCCCAACGUCACCGUCGGGGGGCAGGGAAGGCGAAUCACGCCGGACGAGUUCUUCCAAAGAGAUUCUGGUAAGCUGCCAAUCGGCGACGGCAAGAUCCCACUUGAGAUGCCGGGGAGGAUGGAGGGGCGCCUGCCUGGCCCGUACACUGACGAGAACAAGGGACAACGGACUUUGUACCACUGCAUAUAUGCGAGAGAUGGUCCCAAGGGCUCCACCGUGUCCUGGAAGGAUUUGUGUCCUACAUACUUCAAGAACUUCUGGGACAUGACAUGCCGCGAGAGAGAAGUCGCGCUACUCCUGCUCAUGUCGGGGAAAGUGGUGGCAACAAAAGUGAGAGUCACGCCUCCGAGGGUGAACAAAGUGUGCCUCCUCGACAUUAUGCGCAAGGAGAGAUACAUGGUCCGCAUAUUCAACUACGUCGUCUUUCGCGCCGAGGGAAGGACAGGGGACGAAUGGAACGACGACUUCUUCAUGUCGUACAAGGACCUGGAAGAGAGGUAUGCUUCAAACGUGUUAUGCGCAGAUGAAUGGGAGAAGCAACGGGAGAAGCUGCAUAGCAACUUAGUGAAGACGAUCCCUCGGCGACUUGGAGGAGUGGAGGAGGUGAGGCAAGGUGCGGGCUUGGGGCCUACACAAGUGAUGUACAAGGAGGCUCCGUUUUACUUCAAGGUCUUUAUAUACACCACGAUCGAUAAGCUCGAUAUGCUUCGAGCGGAGGUGAAACGGAUCGCCUCCAGUGCACGCCAUCUUGUGUGGGACAAACUCCAAAGGCAGACCACGUUGCUUCCUGUAUGCAUGCCGUCAAAGGAGGUUAUGGCGGCGCCCGUCGACAUCGUCGCAGCCGCACAAAAAAUCACAUGCAGGGCCGCCAUCGUGGACAUCUCGGCCGCGAAUUUCAGUAGUGCAUGGACCUCGCAGGACUUCGAUGCACUUUACGCAAUGAUGGCGAAGUGUUGUGGUCCAAAUUGGGUCCUCUUCUUCUUUGCACCGCAGAAUGUGCAAAGCGAUGUCUUGCGUCAAUUGUACCGUUGGGAGGACAUCGAGCUCAUCCCCGGAUCAUGGAAACGCGUGGACAGGCCACCGAGCGACGUCACAAGGUACGGCAACAUCGCUACGAGCAGUCGGGACCUGAUGGCAAUCGUGCUGCACGCUGAAGGAGGGGAUCUGAAAAAAGUAACUCUGUCGCACCCCGUCUUCACAACGAUCUCACUGAAGUGCAUGUUGUGGAGGAAAAAUUCGGGAAGUGUCUCGGAAAACACGGUGGCGUCGAAGGCGACGAAAGUGCCGCAUAUUCAAUUUGGGAGCGAGAACUUGGCAAGUAAUAAUGUCAUUGCCUGUGACGAGUCGGCCAAGGACAUUGCAUACUUGACACAGUUCGUCGACAUACUUGUUAAGGAUGGGAGAUUUGAGUGUCGCAUCGAGAAGCCGCGUGCCACACAUCGCACGAACAUGGAUAUGUACCACAAGUUGGGACCGAAACGACAGAAGGUGUGGGAAUACCUGUUCCGCGAUGCGCCUGAUGGACGCCUUGAUGGGGGAUACAUAUAUAGGAAAGCCAAGGUGACCGAGGCCCUCAAACAUUAUCACGGUGCUCUAACUGGCGCCUUCGAGACAUUCGUUGCUCGAUGCGAGAUCUUGAGGUUUGAUCUUCACAAAGAUAAACUGACGUUUAAGGACUAUGCAGACCUCGCUAAAUCGGGUGAAGGCUUUAACCCCGUUGACAGCGAGGAAGACUCGUCGGACUCCGACCUCGAGAUCGAAAAGGACACCAAUGCAACCGGGUGGUGUGGGAAGUCCGCUGACAUGGAGCAAAGCGUCAAGAGAUAUGGACCGGGUCAGACAGAGGGGUGCUCGAACCUGCCACCUGCUAACAGUGUGGCCUCGGGUGUGGACCGGGUUGUAUGUACGCCUAUGGAAGACGACGAAGACGAUGACCUUGAUAUUCCUGCUCAGCCAACAAAGCUGGUGCCAGGCGAUUCGAUUCCUCCCAGAUUUUGUGCAGAUCCAAACAAUGUGUAUUUCUUGGAUGACAAAUACACCUGCACUAGUAAGGACAAGUGGGGCCAUGAUAUCAUUUGGCAUGACGACAUUUUCGAGCCAUGUAUCCAAGGCAGGGAGUGGAAAAUGGCGGUGAAGUAUGUCUCGAAGGGUUGGAGACCGUUUGCCCGCAUGGGAAAGGACAACUGGCUGAAGACGACGAAACAAUCAAUACUAUACCGCUGUCGGAAAGAGAAUCCCGGGGAGAGUAAAACAUCCAUCGCGGCAAAGGCGAAACAAUUGUUCGACGCCUUGGGAGCCACUCGACAGUUGGAGUACUCACACAAGUUUUACGAGCUGCAGUCGAGCCCCUCGUACGGCAAAAUUGACUGGAAGGUUGAGCGCGCCGCCGCACUCGAUAGCAUGGACGUGGACUCCCGAAAAAAAUGCCGCCCCUGUGCCCGAGCCGGCCACAGGGAACACGAUGGGUGAACAAAGGGAAGAUGGCGGGACGGCGUUCGACAUGAA